AUGUCGGAGCGGCGUGUGCAAUACCAAUACACGCCAUUCUACAACAAAGCAGCACGGUAUCCAGAACUUCCGGUAGUACGUCGUUUUGGUGCACAGGUGACGAAGGUGCUUUAUGACGAUAUCGAAGACCUUUUGCAGAAGGAAAAAGAUGUUGGUGAUGCCUUGGCACGAGUCCGGACUCCUAAUACCGGCGUCACGUUCUUGGACUGCCCUAGAAGCGUCGUGAAGCGGGAGAAUCCAGAGGUGUACGACGGGGAAUGGCAAGAGUUCGAAAAAUGUCUUCGGGACUAUGGUCGUGAUCUCUUACAGGCUCAUGAGCUAUUCAAUCUACCUAACCAAGACCCGUAUUUUACCAAACAUUUUGCUGAGUAUCGGGAGCUGUUUGAGAAUGAUGUUUUCGGACCUACUGGGGAAAAGGCUAGCGUGUACAAGGAUCAUAGUCCACCUGAUGAUAUCUGCGCCUUGAAAGCAGUGCCUAAGGAAGACUACGUCACUACUCUUGUCAAGGACAACAUCGAUUGGAUUGAAAGAAAUAUAUUGAGUCAUCUUCGGAGGCCCUGGACUUUCCAAAAGCAUAAACAACAACACCGGGAGACUUUCGUCCAUCUCAGUACCGUCAAGUCGAUUAUGGACUGGAGCACAUGUGUUUUUAGUCCUAUCCUGUUUACGGCGACCAUCUUUACUCUCAUCUGGAUCAAGCCCUUGAACUCUCGUGUCUUAAUCAUAUUCAUCUUUGGGGAAAUCUUUGCCUUGGUAAUGAAAUUGCGUGGGGUCUCGCGGGGAGAAAUAUUUGCUGCUACUGCUGGGUACUUUGCGGUCGCGUCCAUGUUCGUCUCAACAACGAGCAGCAGCUCUGUUAAUCAGUGAGGCUUUGAUGUUGUGGGUUCCUUCGGUGGCGUGGAAAGUUACGAGG